AGUUUCAGCUGAAAUUGAUUUAGACCAAAAGCCAAGAUUAAAUUUGUAUCGUUGGAGACCACCUAAAACGUUGUUUUUCCAAGAUACUACAUAAGAACAAUUGAGAAUUGAGAGCCAUCAUUCUAAUUUAUCUUUGCGAUUCCUGUAAAAACUCUCUGGUAUCAUGUGCAAUUAGUUUUCAAGCUUGCUAUACGAAAUUCAUCAAGAAUCUGAUUGAAUUACAGGAAACCUGUUAGAAGAAACAAAGAAAGAAGAUUCAAUUAGUUUCGAACUUGAUAUACGAGAUUCAUCAAGAAUCCAAUUGAAUUACAGGGCACGGAUAAAGCAACAGUUAAAAGAAAGAAAGAAGAGCAUGGGAAGAGGCUACAGGGGCAAAUUCAUUUGCCCUAUUAUCAUUCUCCUGAUCUUGUUCCAACUCUGCUGUUUAUCAGAGGGGCGCGCGGGAAGCAGAGCAGCAGAGGAUUCAAAUGGCUCAUGGGAGCUCCUGAUGAACAAUUCAGGAAUUUCAGCAAUGCACAUGGCAUUGAUGAGAACAGACAAGGUCAUAAUGUUCGACAGAACAAACUUGGGCCCUUCAAACAUUUCCCUACCGGGCGGAAGAUGCAGAGCAGAUCCCAAAGACAUAGCCCUGAAAAACGACUGCUGGGCGCACUCCAUAGAAUACGACAUUGCAAGGAACAGAGUCCGGCCAUUGAUGAUCCAGACCGACACAUGGUGCUCUGCAGGUGGGCUUGACAAGGACGGCCGCCUCAUCCAGACUGGCGGCUACAGCGAUGGAGAACGGGUCGUCAGAGUCUUCGACGCCUGCGAUGGCUGCGACUGGGUGGAGUUCCCGGAUUCACUAGCUGUUCGUCGAUGGUACAGCACGGACAUAGUUUUACCCGAUGGGCGGAUAAUUGUAGUGGGCGGGAGGAAACAAUUCAAUUACGAAUUCAUCCCAAAGAGGUCGAAAUCCGAGUCCACAAUCGAGUUCCCUUUCUUGCAGAGAACCAGUGAUCCGAGUGAGAACAAUCUUUACCCCUUUCUGCAUCUUCUCCCCGAUGGGUUGCUCUACAUUUUCGCAAACCAGUGGUCUGUCGCAUUCAAUUACAGGAACGCCACAGUUCUCCGCGAGUACCCGCCCAUGCCAGGUGGGUUCUCACGGAACUACCCUGCGACCGGAUCGUCUGUCCUGCUUCCACUGGAUGGGAACAGGGGAUUCCAAGAGGUAACAGUUUUGAUCUGUGGGGGAGCGAAAUCCAACGCCUAUUUGCAGGCCAAGAACUCUGAAUUUCUUCCCGCAGCUGCUACCUGUGGCCGGAUGAAGCUCACGGACCCGAACCCAACCUGGACCAUGGAGCAAAUGCCCUUUCCUCGAGUCAUGGGCGACAUGGUGAUGCUUCCCACUGGUGAAGUUCUGAUCAUUAAUGGCGCCCAGAAUGGUACUGCUGGUUGGUUCUUGGCCCGCAAUCCGGCCUUUCACCCUGUUCUUUACAGGCCUGAUUUAGACCCGUCCAACAGGUUUGUGACUCUUAACCCUUCUAAAAUCCCUCGGGUGUACCAUUCUUCCUGUCAUCUGAUUCCGGAUGGGAGGAUUCUCGUGGGUGGAAGUAAUCCCAAUGUUUUGUACACCUUUGUGGGUGUUCUUUUCCCCACAGAGCUCAGCCUUGAGGCCUUCUCUCCGCCCUAUUUGGCCCCUCAUCUGUCCUCCCUCCGCCCCACUGUUACUCUCUGGGAAGCAGAUGAAAUGAUGUAUGGGUCCAUCUUUUUGCUGGAGUUUUAUGUUGAGGAUAACAUGCCUGUUAAUCAGGAUUACAUCUCUGUUUCGCUCAUGGCGCCCACUUUUACUACCCACAGCUUUUCCAUGAACCAGAGGCUUCUGAGACUCCAGAUUGUUGAGUUUGUGGUCCUUCCGCUCUCGUACCAGAUCUCUGUUCUUGUUCCUCCUUCUCGCAACUUGGCUCCUCCUGGUUAUUAUCUUCUCUUUGUGCUCUACCAUGGUGUUCCUAGUAUUGGUAAGUGGGUGCAGCUUCAGGGGUGAAGAAAGAUUGAAUCUUGGCAAUGUGCACACAUUGAUCUUUUUCCGUUCGUUCAAGAUUUCAAGCACCCAUAUAUGGAGAACAUGUCAAGAACAAUUUAGUUCAUGCGUAGAAACUCCCCAGAUCAUGAACUGGGUAGCAAUUUUUAUUUCAGUUCAUGCUUGGAAAAUUCACAGAUAAUGAACUGGGUAGCAUUUUUUUUCAAGUUCAUGCUUAGAAACUUCCCAGAUCAUGAACUGGGUAGCAAUUUUUUUGUAAGUAGAUGCUGAGAAACUUCCCAGACCAUGAAUUGGGUGGCAAUUUUUUUGUAAGUUCAUACUUAGAGACUUCCCAGAUCAUGAACUGGGUGGCAAUUUUUUGUAAGUUCGUGCUUAGAAACUUCCCAGAUCAUGAACUGGGUGGCAAUUUUUUGUAAGUCCGUGCUUAGAAACUUCCCAGACUAUGAAUUGGGUAGCAAUCUUAUUUAAGUUCAUGUUCAGAAACUUCCCAGAUUAUAAACUGGGUAGCAAUUUUAUUUAAGUUCAUGUUGAGAAGCUUCCCAGAUCAUAAACUGGUUAGCAACUUUUUAAAUUUAGGAUUCCAAUCUGAAAACUGCUUGAGAAAGAACAAUGCUUCUCGAGCUUCUUCCAUUGAUUGGAGAUAUUGGAUACAUUAAGAAAAACAAAGUAUAAUUAUGUCAGA